AUGGCCCCACCACCGACCAAGAAGACCAAGACUGAGCACGUCCCGACCGGCGACGACCUCGAGGACAACUUUGCCCUCGACGACGAGCUCGUCGCCGCCCCGUUCUCCGGCGACGAGGGCGACCCAGCCGACCUCUCGGACGACGCAGCUGCACCAGGCGGCUCGGACAACGACGACGACGCCGCCCCGCCGCCAGCCAAGAAGCGCCGCGCCGAGCCUGCCUCGUCGGACGAGGCGGCGGCGGCCCCGACGACGACGACGACGACGACGACGACGAGCAAACGGGCGGCCAAGCGGGCAAAGGACAAGAAGCGGGCAAAGGUGGUCGAGGGAGGGCUCGACGAGCGCGACAAGGACGACAUGGGCCUGCUCCCACCCGAAGCACUCGCCGACCGCCUCGCCGACAAGCAGAAGCGCGCGCUGCCCAACCUCACGGCGCUCGAGCUGGACGAGCAGCGCAUCAGCCAGUCGAUGAUCCUGGACACGGCGACGGUCGAGGCGCGCGACUCGCUCCUCGCGUUCAUGAAAGAGGCGCUCCCGACGACGUGCAACACGCUCGCCAAGAUGCCCAAGGCGACGGGCUCGCCGCGCAUCAUCGUCGUCGCCGGCGCCGCCCUGCGCGUCGCCGACCUGUGCCGGGACGUCAAGUCGUUCAAGACCAAGACCAAGGACGGCCUCAUUGACGUCGCAAAGCUCUUUGCCAAGCACUUCAAGUUGUCGGAGCACGUCGAGUACAUGCAAAAAACGCACGUCGGCCUCGCGGUCGGGACGCCCAAUCGGAUCGAGAAGCUGCUCAACGAGUCUGACGCCCUCCACCUGACGCACCUGUCGCACCUCAUCCUCGACGUGUCGCACCUCGACAGCAAGAAGCGCUCGCUCGUCGACCUGCCCGAGGCGCGCGCCGACCUGUUCAAGCUCGUCGGGACCAAAGCCGUCAUGGACCGGUUGCGCGAGGGCAAGAUGAAGCUCGUCGUGUUCUAACAAGAGGGGCUGCAACUCUCUUUUUUGAGCCCGAGCCCGGGCUUUGCGCAAUGCAGCGCAGAGGUGAGCG